AUGUCUGUAUCAGAUUUGAAACAUUCACUAAGGAAAUAUGAAUUUCCUGCUUGUGCUAAGGAAGCCCUCAAUAGAAUUGAACAACUACUAGUUGGUCGGGCGGCUCCUUCAAAUAAGCAGUUGGACAUAGCAAUGGAUAUAAUAUCAGAAUUUGUGUUCUGCGAGUCUGACAGGCGCAGCGGGCGAAGAAGUGGAGGUUUGACUCCAUUACAGGAUUUACAACUUAUAGAUAUAAUAUGUGACUACUUGUCGGCUUGUACUAAUGAAACCACAAAGAAUACUAUCUUCUUAUCACUGUUUGGAGGCAUGGAAAGUCAAAGGAGGUUGAAAAUUCUUAGCAUUCUUGCCAGUAUGGCUGUUUCAGCUUCCAGUACUCCAGUGCUACUUGCAGUUGGAGUUUGGCUGCAACAAAUGGGCUGUUCAUCAUCACAGUCCUUACAACUGGUUGAGAAUGUCAUCAGAGACCAUUUCUAUCUGAACACUUCAAAUCAGUUGGCUCUGAAGUCGCUAGCGAAUACAGCUCCACAGUUUGUGUCUAACUUCAUUACUGCUGUAACUGAGCUGUACAUGCAUGAUGCUCAAGGGACAAAUGAUAAUAAGUUGCCUCCUAAGAACUUGUUAGAGGUCAUAACUGCUUGGGUUUAUUCGAACCCCACACUAUGCAUGUCUGCUCAGUUGAAUCCAGCAGCGCUCCCCAGUGGAUCCAUUCCUAUGGCUGCAGUUACUCCCCUAGCUGGUCUCAUACAUUGGUGUGCAUUGGCUCCUCUGUAUAUUGUUGAUGAUGACACAGAAAUGGUGGAAGUACCUGUACCUUUUAAGAAAAUUAAACUGGAGGGUGAAAGUGACAGAUCCUUGAUAAAAACAGUGACAAGUAAGCCUCUGACAGAGAGUGAGUUUUAUAUAAAGCUGCACCUGGGCGUACUGCAUAGUUUGCGCGCCGGAAGACGCACGCACGGGCCUCCCACAGCUGUGAAUGCACAGCACCUGGCUGCGCUCGCGCCAGUUGUCCAGUCAUAUGCACACAAUGUGCUGAAGAGAGGUGGAAAGAUACAGAAUGAUCAUAAGUUACAGGAUUGUCUGGACAGGAUAGGGCAGUCAGUGCAAGUGGCACUAGCUAAUGGCUGUGUGUAUGGCAAUAUUAGCAACCUCCUUGCAGCAUUAGACACGCUGCCUGAAAACAGACUGCUGCGGAUUAUCAUUAAAACACACCAGCAAACAAUUUGA